AAAAGAUAAAAAGAUUAGUACGAGAUAGUUUGGGAAUGUUAAGUGGGCAGGAUUGAGUAUCUUCCGUGUCGUGUCCAUGGCCACUUCCAAUCUCUCCCAGCAAUUUCAUUCUUCUACUGCUUGCGCCAUUUUCCGACGACCAAGUUUCGCCGUGAACAUCCACCAGUAUCCUUGUCUUAGAGGCAAAACCAAGAAGCACACAAAGUGGGCAGUUAAAGUAGAGCAGAGUCCACCAAAAUCAAAUAUAAAUUUGGAGCAACUGGCGGCUUUUCUGUACGACGAUCUUCCUCACCUCUUUGAUGAUAAGGGUAUCGAUAAAAGUGCUUAUGACGAACGUGUGUUGUUUCGAGACCCAAUCACUAAGCAUGAUAAUUUGAGUGGUUACCUUUUCAAUAUUGCCCUUCUUAAGACACUCUUUACACCUCAAUUUCAGCUGCAUUGGGUUAAACCGACAGGAGCUUAUGAGAUAACAACAAGAUGGACAAUGGUUAUGAAAUUCACGCUACUUCCAUGGAAACCCGAAUUGGUCUUUACAGGAACAUCUCUCAUGGGUGUUAACCCACAAAAUGGCAAGUUUUGUAGCCAUCUGGACUUUUGGGAUUCACUAAAUAAAAACGAUUAUUUUUCACUUGAAGGUUUGUGGGAUGUUUUCAGACAGUUGAGGAUUUACAAGACACCAGAAUUGGAAUCACCCAAAUAUCAAAUAUUGAAAAGGACACGAAAUUAUGAGGUUAGACAGUAUGAUCCGUUCGUAGUAGUAGAAACCAACGGAGACAAGCUAUCUGGGAAUACUGGCUUUAAUGAUGUUGCUGGAUAUAUAUUUGGAAAGAAUUCAACAGCAGAAAAGAUACCAAUGACUACUCCUGUCUUCACUCAAGCCAUUGAUCCUGAUUUGUCCAAAGUUUCAAUCCAAAUAGUUCUUCCAUCAGACAAAGAAACAAAGAGUUUACCAAAUCCUAAUCAAGAAACAGUUAGUGUGAGAAAGGUAGAAGGAGGCAUUGCUGCAGUGAUAAAGUUUAGUGGAAAACCCACAGAAGAUGUUGUUCUCGAAAAGGAGAAAAUCUUGCGUUCAAAUAUCAUUAAAGACGGUCUAAAACCUAAGGCUGGUUGUUUGCUUGCCCGGUACAAUGAUCCAGGUCGAACAUGGAACUUUAUAAUGAGGAAUGAAGUGCUCAUUUGGCUAGACGACUUCUCAUUGGAUUAGUACUCAUGGCUUCUCUUUUUCAAGGAUGCUCCAGAAAGUAAAUUUUUUCUUAUUGGAUUAGUUCUCAUGGCUUCUCUUUUUCAAGGACGCUCCAGAAAGUAAAUUUUUUCUUCUUAAAUAUCAUUUUCCCUCUGCAAGUUUUUCUAUCUUUAUGUCAUUCUCUUUUGUCUGUCUGAUUACAUGAAAUGUAAUGUUAUAAAUCAUCUUUAUGUUCAAGGAGUGAUGUGUGGAACCAAAAACAGACAUUUUAAUAACUAUAGGGACGAAUGAAGUGCAUGCUCAUUAGUUGUCACUGAUCAAAUUGUAAAAGAAUAACAAUGUACAUUAAGCUUCCACUUAUUCCUUACUAUC